UAUAUCAACCACGAAACCCUCUUUAUGGCUUACUUUUUCACCAUAUUCAAUUCCUUACAGGGAGUGUUUAUUUUCUUGUUUCACUGUAUUGGCGACGAAAAGGUUCGUCGUGAGUACCUUCGUAUUCUCUGCUGCCGAGACAAAGGACCAGCCUACACCAUUGCCUCUAAGACACCCAAGUCAGAAGACUCUGCCAGUGAAGGCAAGCUACUCAAAUCGACGGAUAAAGGCGAUAGUAAGGUCAUGAAUUUCAACACUGCUUCAACGGUACGAAAAAAGCAUUUUCUGGCUUGCAUCAUUGUGCAUUAGAUUGCAUUUCUCUCUAUGCCUUUUAA